CAAAUAAAUAAAUAAGCGAGGGGAGUUGAGAUUAGAAAGCGAAUUGGAAAGUGUGAAAUUUUUGUUGCCAUUUGUGAGCAAGCGCUGAAAAAUGGAGCAUAGAUUCGAUAGAAGGCCAAGACCUUGGCUUGGUUUGAUUGGAAGCGACCCCAAAUCCCCCGGAGCACCUGAAACUUCGGUCGAAAGGGACUUGAAUGCAGUUGGAGAACCAUAUGUUGGUAUGGAGUUUGAGUCUGAAGAUGCUGCCAAGGAGUUUUACGAAGAUUAUGCAAGGCGUGCUGGAUUCAUCAUGCGUAUAGGCCAGUGUCGUCGAUCACAUGUUGAGAAGAGAAUUCUUUCCCGUAAGCUAUCCUGCAAUAAGCAAGGUGGGCGUUCUGUAAAAGCUAGAGACCAAGUCCGGUCAGUUCGAAGACCGCAACCUACAACAGGAGAAGGGUGUAAAGCGAUGAUGCUUGUCAAACUUAAAAAAUCUGGAAAAUGGGUCAUUACAAGAGUUGUUAAGGACCACACUCAUCCACUUAUAGUUUCUUCCGGGAAUUCUAUGGGAAUAUGGUUCGACAAAGGAUCUGAAAGUGUUUAUGGGUACAUGAUUGCGGAGGUGCAUUACCUGCAACCUCUGAAUCUGAUUUUCUCUCAAAUAACUUCGCAGGAUGCAAAGGAUAUGAAGAUUGCGGAACUCACUUUGGACCUGGAGCGUGAAGAGCAAUUAUGUGGACAAUAUCGUGAGCUACUACUUACAUUGCUGAAUAAUGUUGAGGAGGAGACGGAAGACAUAGCAACGAAAGUUAGAGGAGUCGUUAACUACGUAAGAGAAUUUGAGACUCAAGUUGAAGGGAUUCCAGAAAAUCAAAUGGAGUCAAGUUCGAGGGCUUCCUCAAAAUCAAACGGAGACUGAAGUUCAAGAGCUUCAACAAAAUCAAUCAGGCGACAAUUAGAGACAGAAGUAUGGCUCUGUCCAUACUAGUUGCAUGAGGAUUCGACUAAUGUUCUCCUCGGGAGUAUUCUGACAGCCUAACAUACUGUAUAGCAGAGUUGGCUUGGCUGAUUUAUCGCACAAGCAAUCUCGAAAAAUGUCUUGAACCGAUAACUUUCAUUGUUUAAUCGAACGAAAAAAACAACGAAAGUUUGUGGAAGAAUGUUGGAUUUGCAUUGAACUGUAGAAUAAAGGCACAUCUCUAUUUGUGAUAAAAGAAAUUGAUUGCAAUUAACACUGUACAUUCUUUGA